GGCGGGGCACGGAAGGCAGAGGCGGAAGACCCGGCGCGGCCUACCCCCAACAAUGUCAGAAGGGGACAGCACCGGCGAGUCCAUUCAUGGCAAACCUUCAGUGGUCUAUAGAUUUUUCACAAGACUUGGACAGAUAUACCAGUCCUGGUUAGACAAAUCUACUCCAUACACUGCGGUACGAUGGGUUGUAACGUUGGGUUUAAGUUUUAUCUACAUGAUUAGAGUUUAUCUACUACAGGGUUGGUACAUCGUGACAUAUGCCUUGGGAAUCUACCACCUAAAUCUUUUCAUAGCUUUUUUGUCGCCAAAGGUAGACCCCUCUCUAAUGGAGGACUCAGAUGACGGUCCUUCGUUACCCACAAAGCAGAACGAGGAGUUCCGGCCCUUCAUUCGAAGGCUGCCAGAGUUCAAGUUCUGGCAUUCUGCUACUAAAGGCAUCGUUGUCGCAAUGACAUGCACAUUCUUUGAGGCUUUCAACGUUCCGGUUUUUUGGCCAAUUCUCGUGAUGUACUUCAUUAUGCUGUUCUGCAUUACCAUGAAGAGGCAAAUCAAGCAUAUGAUAAAAUACCGAUAUAUACCGUUCACUCAUGGCAAGAGGAAAUAUAAAGGGAAGGAAGACAUGGGAAAGGCCUUCGCCAGCUAGAAAUCAAACAGAGCCUGCUGACCAACUCCCUGCAUUACAAUUAAAAGACCGGUUUUGA